CGGACGUUUAUUGCCGUCAAUGGCACUGAAAUAUGAUAACUUACUGUUAGUCACCAUACAUUGCUGGCAAAGAUAGAUUAUCACUAUUAUUUGGGAAACAAUCCAUCCUUGAGUUAUAUCAAGUCAAAUUUCGAAGUCAAAAGUAUGAAAAGGGUCAAAGUGACAGCAAGGCUCUGGUGUUUACAAUGCAUAAUGACACACAGUGUUACUCAGUGCUUACGCCCAACCCCGAAGCCACUGAACAAGGUCCUCUGGAUAGUUUACUCAUUGCCAUCAAAUACCUGCCCCUCAGAUGAGCCAUUUUGUCUAAUUCAUCCCAUAAAGGCUGACUGAAUGCUUGCGAUCGAUGUGAAGGAGCAGCUGUCCUUGUCAAAAAAAGAAAAAGGAAAAAAGAAGAGGGACCUCAUGUGGUGUGAGCAGGAAAACAAACUUCUCUGGAACUUUAAUGAGGGGCUUUGAGUGGAUUCUCUCCUGGGGUUAAACUCCAAACUACACACGCUUGGACAAGAGGAGAAAACGGAAAGUUCCAUCAUUAGCGAGUGUUCCAAUUGCAUGACUAAUGGGACUCAUCGAGAACCAGAACUCCACUCGGGGGAUCACCGGCCUUGUCGUCUCCCGUUGGGAGUCGGUUCCACCACUAUCAUCAUAUGAUAACAACGUUAUCAUCGUGCUGGGCGUGUUGACGUUUGCCCUACAGCUGUGUUUGGCUCUCCUUAUCAUGCGGCGCUGUAUGAAAAUGGACAACAAAGCGAGAGAAGCUGUGAAACCCCCGCAGAUUUUGGAGAAACUUCACAUCGAACCUUCAUCCUGCCAGCGAGAUGUUUUCAGACAGACUACUCAUCGGUGUUCUGACGCCUAUUUGUCCUAUGUAGCUACAGAUGGAUGCUAUACGACUGCAACAGCCAAAAAUGAUCUACUUGGACCAUCCAUACAUUGGGACCUUGUUCAGUACUAAUGACAAAAAGAAUCAAAGUUGGUCUCAAAUUUUAAUGGAAAGUACAGUAUUGUAUUUUACAAACUUUGUGAAACUAAAGUGUGUUUAUGUGAAGAAUCACAGACUGAAACAUUUUGUGUGUUUAGUUAUGUCCAAUAAUGUUCAAAUAUAUAAAUGUCUAGAGUCGAAUACUUUCUUGUAUACUGUAAACUAAGCAUUUACUGUACCUGUAUUAUACUACGAGCAUCAAAUAUGUUCACAGUUGUCGUGCAAUUACGCUAUUUUCAUGUUUAGAAAAGAUCAUGUCAAACCAUUUUUUGGUGAUUAUUACAGACGAUUUAUUUUUGUUUAAAAAUAUUUUUGAAUGAUGUUUUGUGUUUGUGCAUUAUUUUUUUUUACUCAAACGGAUGUAGUUUCAAAUAUUACCAGAAGGUGGUGAUAAAACGGGACUAUCAUUGAGUGUGGACAGUUUAGGGAGUAAAGAAGAAGAACGAUAUUUCAAAACAGUAAACAAAUGGAUAUUGAGGAGAUUUUCCGGAUCUAAAACGAGCUUUUUUUGGUGUAUUCGUGCUCAUUUCUGGGGCAGAGGUUUAGAGGUGGAGCAUUUCUGAAUGUUCAGCUGUACCAGGCGUCCUGUCUACUGAAUCGUUUGUCAUUACAGCGUACGAGUGGCUAACUCAACAAUAGCCAUUAGCAACUUUUCAAUAAGAAGAUGGAGUUGAGUCUUUUUCCAGCAAGUCACCAAGGUAAUUCACUACCUCUGGCUUCGCUCCGCUUAUUGGUGCCUCCUCUUCAACUCUCGUCAGCCUCCAUGUGGCAAAUCUUAAAGAAACAAGAUGUACUGAGCUACUGGGAAGUGGCUGACUUUGUUUCUUUGGUGGUGGAGAAUGUCCCAGCGCUGCUCGUGGAUAAGCACAGGAUGCAACUCAAUCUGGGUUUGAGAGCCAGGUAUAUUCUUGAAUUGUGCCAAAAUAAACAACCCUUGGAAUGUGACGUCAUCUCAUCUCUCCUGGACAAGAUUAAACAACAAAACACCGCUCUUGAAGACACCAAUGAACAAGAGGCAGCCAUCAUUCGAUUUUCUGAACUAAUUCAGUUUCUGCUCAGAGAUCCCGAAGCCAGACAACACUUCUUUGCUGAGGUCUUUCCUGCUCAGUACGGACAUGAGUAUGACAGUGAUUUGCAGUCGCUUUUUUGGGAGUUUGUAUGUCGACUAGCGCAGUUUUUUCCAGUUCCUGACCUCAAACAGACUGUUUGCUGGCUUGAAACGUCACAAUGGAAUGACUCUUUACAUUCACAAACUGAAGCAACUGAUCUGAAGGUUCUCCUCCAGCAUCACAAACACCUGAGACACUUAGAGCCACAUGUUCCAGCAUCGAAUAUGGGCGACAAAAUCAUCUCUACACUUUCAGUCUUUCCGGGAGAAGCUGAGGAGAAGCCUAACCAAUUGAGUUUAGGUGAUAGUCACAUACAUGAACCAGCAGUGGAUGAUGCCACUAUAGAGAUCAUUGCAGAAGUUGAAGUUGAACUAGAAGAAAACAAUGAAAUGAUGGAAGGAAAUGCCAGUGUUCUUUUGGAAGACGAUGGCAUAGUGGAGCAAACUGAAGAAACCUCUGCAUCUGUUCAACCUCGGAGCUCUUCGGGCCCUCACGACUGUCCUGACUGCGCCAAAAAAUUCAAGUUUGCGUCUUCGCUUACAGCCCACAGGGUGGUCCACACGGGUGAGCGUCCUCACCGCUGCGCCGACUGUGGCCGCCGCUUCUCUUUCAGGCAGGCCCUGGAGCGCCACCGGAACACGCACAAAAGCGGGGCUGGGUACGACUGCGUCAUCUGCGGGGAGACGUUUGAGUCCUCGUCGGCUCGCGCCGAGCACAAGCAAACGCACUCGGUGGACGGCGUGUACGCUUGCCCGCAAUGCGAGAGGAAAUUCACCAGGGAGCCGGCGCUUUCGAGGCACCUCAAAACUCACGCGGUGACAUCGGCACAAAGCGUGGGAGACGCCGCUGCAGAAGUGCGGAAAACCCCAGACCUUGAAUGUGUCAAUGUCCGCACAAGCAGGCGCAAACGCAAACCCACCAUGAAGGUCCAAGUCAUUCAUUUGCAGAAACGGAAAAAGGGCAAGAUAAAGCAGGAAGCUGUCGAGGAACAGCCGCCACCUUUAAACUGCUUGCCCUUAAGUUGUUCAGAGCAUUCAUAUGGAUCGGUCUCCAUUUCAACAAAAGAUGAUGAAAGCUGUGUGGCAGGUAGCAUUGAAUGCUCCAUCCACCAUACAGAGAAACAGCAGCACGCGGAGAACAUCUGCUCUGAUGACAAUCAGGUGACCCCGUGCGACGAAGAUGGUGGAUUCACCUGUGGUGACUGCGGCAAGAGCUUCAAAUUCUUGUCCUUAUUCAAAUCCCACCGUCGAAUCCAUACAGGCGAGCAGCCUUUCCUCUGUUCUCCGUGCGGUCGCCGUUUCUCCUUCAAGCAGUCUCUGGAGAGACACAGGCAGACGCACAAGCCCGGGCGCACGUACGAUUGCGUCAUCUGCGGGGAAUUGUGCGAGACCCUCGUGGCUCUUAGGUCACACGUGAGGGCCCACACGGUGAACGGCGAGUUCGCUUGCUCAGAGUGCGGUCGCAAGUUCGCCUGGAAGUCGGCGCUGGUCAGGCACCUCAAAACGCACGAACCGGCGGAACGUUUGUUGAAGUGCCCUCAGUGCGAGCUGACUUUCAGCUGCGCCAGCUACCUCAGCAGGCACCUGCAGACGCAUAGGGAGGAGCGAGCGUACGCCUGCAGCUGCGGUAAGAGUUUCACCUACAGGGCGGCGCUGAAGGCGCACCAGCGCAUCCAUCAAAAGGACAGACCGCACGUUUGCGCGCAGUGCGGCAAGGGAUUCCUCUACAAGGGCGGCCUGCAAAACCACAUGAAGAUCCAUUCGUCGGAGAUGCCCUUCAUGUGCUCCUUCUGCGGGAAGUGCUUCAAAAGGGAGCGGAACAUGAAGAAGCACGAGCGCUGCCACACGAGAGAGAACGUCUACAGCUGCUCGCAGUGCGAGAAAAGCUUCGUGUACAAAGCCACGCUGAUCCGACACGAGCUGACGCACUCGGGCGAGCGGCCGUACCUCUGCUCCACUUGCGGGAAGGGCUUCUUCUCCCACGCCGAACUGCUUAAACACGAGCGCUUCCACACGGGCCACAAGCCUUUCCAAUGCCCGCACUGCGAUAAGAAGUUCACCCAAUCAUGUUACCUCACUAUCCACCUGCGCUACCAUUCGGGCGUGCGGCCUUACUCCUGCGCCCAGUGCGACAAGAGCUUCCUCAGCGCCAGUCGUCUGAAAAGACACACCAGAACGCACACUGGAGAGAAGCCCUUCCGUUGCGGCGAUUGCGGAAAAGGAUUUCGGCAGUCCUAUCACCUCAAAGUGCAUCAACGGACACACAAAAUAACAUGAAGGUGAACCUGUACUCUGGAGUUGUAUAGGUAAUGAAUUGUCUACUAUCAUAAUGUUUGUUGCAGCCCUAUUAAAUAAUGAUCACACGUUGUCUCUAGAAACCAGAUUUUUAUUAGUGUGAUACCAGAGUACAUCACUUUUUUGGAUGAAAAACAAUGCUUAGUGUUGCAUAUUUUCAGCUCAAGCAAAACUUAACACUUGCUCUACCAGUGAAUCUGACUCAAAAAGAAGCUAUACGACAAUAUGCAGUGUAAUAGGGCAGUGGUCGCUCCCCAUAGCUUUGGUGCGAAUCUUGCUAUCGCACAAAGCGGGCACCAGGGAGGAUGAGAGCACAAAAUAAUCCAGCCUCCAGCCCACGUUCUUAGACCUGGAAUUCAUCAUGUAGGUCCAGAAGGUGUAGGCGUUGGCCUGCUCGGGGUAAAGCUCACGGAAGCUGUCGACGAAACCGGCCUCCAGUAGCUGGCCGAAGCCCUCGCGCUCCUCCGGUGUAAAGCCGGCGUUCUUCUUGUUCCCCUUGGGGUUUUUCAGGUCGAUCUCUUGGUGGGCCACAUUGAGGUCGCCGCACAGCACCACGGGCUUCUGUACAUCCAGCUCGCUCAAGUAGGAGCGGAAGUCUACGUCCCAGGUUUUGCGGUAGUCUAAGCGGACGAGACCUUUGCUGGCAUUGGGGACGUAGGCUGUCACCAGGUAGAAAGUGGGGAACUCUGCGGUAAUGACGCGGCCUUCCUUAUCGUGUUCUUCUUUACCUAAAUCAUUAUGAAAAAUCCCAUCUUUAAAAAAAAUUUCUCCAAAAGCAGCAGGAAGAGUUCAGCACUCACCGAUGCCGUACGUCACUUUGACCGGUUCCGUUUUGCAGAGCAUGGCCACGCCGCUGUAGCCUUCCUUUUCUUCCGACCCGCACCAGUACUUGUGCGGGUACUCGGGCAUGGAUGUGAUGGCGGCAGGCAGGCUUUUCUCCGCGCACUUGGUCUCCUGCAGGCACAGGAUGUCUGGAUUCUCCUCACGCACCCACUGGAGGAGACAAAGUGUCAAAUAAGGGGAGAGGGGGGCUAAAAUCAUAGUUUUGGUUGUGCUUCCACUCACAUCCAGGCCAUUCUUCUUCACCCAGGCUCUCAGUCCGUCGACGUUCCAAGAAGUGAUCUUCAUGUUGGCAUCACGUCCAUCUUUGCUGGUCAUUUUAUCAGGGGGAUCUUCGUACAAAAUAGGGGCUUCUGGUUCUUUAGUCUUCUUUGCUUUCUUGGGAGUACUUUCUGUCAUUUAACAACAGCAAGUAUUAGUAUUAGAGAUGCCGAUCGAUCGGGUCCGAUCACGUCAUUUCAAAGUAUCAGAAUCGGCAAAAAAAUAUCGGCCAUCCCUUUUUUAUAAUUAAAUCGUUUUCUAAUUGUAUUUAACGUUACAGACAUAAUAUGUUACACUCAUCCCGAGUCUUUAGUUUAGGCUUAAGGUAGGGGUAUCAAAUUUAUCCCGAUCACGGCGGUAAUUUUUUCAAAAAUGUAUCACGUUAAAACAUUUAAUGCAAUUAAUGCAUGGGCUGCACGACCCACUCACGCAUUGUCGCGCACAAUCUUUAAUGGGGCCGUUUUACCUUUACACAGGCCAUUUGGGGGUCCUAAGCAAAAUAAUGCAAAGGGGCCCAUAUUUUUGGCCCACCAUUUCGUCACAGUGUACUGUGAAACCUGUACAUGCAAUCCAACCCAUACGUCCAUAUUUUGUAUAUUAAUCAGAUUUUGUUGCACUGCAUACUUCAAACCUCUCACCCCAAAUGAUUGUCAGAACUUACAGUAGAUAGCGCCAAACCUUUUUCUAAAAGAGGAAAGAAAGAAAUUAAGGAAAAGCUUUUAUUUUUUAAGCUUGCAAUCAAGUAUCAAAACUCAAAAAAGUAAAUAAAGCAAACUGUAGUAAAAAAAAAAAAAUAAGACUAAACAAUUGCCAGACUGGGGGCCCCCUAGUGGUCAGGGGCCCUAAGCAGCUGCAUAGUCUGCGUAUAGGCUGGGCCGGCCCUGCCUUUAUAGAGAGUUAAAAGGCAGCGUAAAAUGAGUAGAGUGAAUUUUGGCAGCCUUAGGAGCCUUUUUUAAUUGGCUAAAGCCUUACAAUCCCUCUCCCUACGAUUAUAAAUAUCGUGGGAAGCAAUGUGGAGAAGCAAGGUCGCGAUUGAUCUGUUUCUUAACACCUUAUGUUAUUUCGCAACGCAGAGAAGAUAUAUCAAUUGGUAUCACUACACACAGUCAUGGUUGCUAAAGGCGUGUCACAUCCACCCAUCAUGCAUUUGGGCAUGGCCACAGUAUCAUUUACUGAAAGCUCAACAAAUACACUAGAUGGCAAUAUUUAGUCACAAUAUACAAAGUCACAAGUCUUUCUAUCCGUGGAUCCCUCUCACAGAAAGAAUGUUAAUAAUGUAAAUGCCAUCUUGAGGAUUUAUUGUCAUAAUAAACAAAUACAGUACUUAUGUACUGUAUGUUGAAUGUAUAUAUUCGUCCGAGUUGUAUUCAUU